AAAGACGAGAUUCAGUAAGUAAUUCAGUGAGUGCUUUCUUUUAUAAGAAGAGCGUCGGCUUGGAAGAAGAAAAUGAAAUACGAACAACCGCGCUGGUUGUAAUAGAUCGACUUGAAUGCGUCUUCUUGCUCCAGCAUUCAAGUUCCAUUUCAAGGGAGGACGACGUACCAUGAUACUUUCUGUUUUGUCGAGCCCUGCUUUGGUCUCUGGUUCGAUGGUUGUACGUGCUAAAAAUCCGGUACAUUUCGUUUUGUUUCCCAUCCUAGUCUUUUGCGACACUUCUGGUUUACUUAUUUUGUUAGGUCUCGACUUCUCCGCUAUGAUCUCCCCAGUAGUUCAUAUAGGAGCUAUUGCCGUUUCAUUCCUAUUCGUGGUUAUGAUGUUCAAUAUUCAAAUAGCGGAGAUUCACGAAGAAGUAUUGCGCUAUUUACCAGUGAGUGGUAUUAUUGGACUGAUCUUUUGGUGGGAAAUGUUCUUCAUUUUAGAUAAUGAAACCAUUCCAUUACUACCAACCCACAGAAAUACGACCUCUCUGAGAUAUACGGUUUAUGCCGGAAAGGUACGGAGUUGGACUAAUUUGGAAACAUUGGGCAAUUUACUUUAUACCUACUAUUCCGUCUGGUUUUUGGUUUCUAGUCUGAUUUUAUUAGUUGCUAUGAUUGGGGCUAUAGUACUUACUAUGCAUAGGACUACAAAGGUGAAAAGACAGCAUGUAUUCCGACGAAAUGCCUUGGAUUCUAGGAGCCAUAUAAUGAACAGGACUAUUUCUCCUUUUGGCCAUAGCCAUAGAAGAAGCUUCUCCUCCGGAGCGGGGGGGUCGCCUGACAAUUACAAAGAAACCUUUAAAAUGUGGAUUUAGUGCUCAGAAUAUAAGGAUUUCCCUGGCUUAAAAUGCAAGAUAGACAGACUUCUUGCAUUCCUUGAGCCUGGGGAGAUCCUAUUCAUGGUAAACACGUUCCCCCGGGACUUUCCUCUGCUCGAGAUCUUAGAACCCCAGGAUAUCCGAAAUAUAAUUGCUCACUCGCACAAGCAGUGGAAGCCACCCAAAAAGGGAGGCUAGUAAUUUUUUUUGGUAGGUUUGUAUUGUUUCUCGAAUUGGUAGGUUUCUCGAAGUAGUUUUAGUAGGUUUCUCAGGAAAUAGAGAUGCCGAGGCCCCUACUUACCUUAUGGGUAGGUAGGGGGAAGGAAGAGUGGGUCAGAGGGCUUCCUUCACAGUGCAUAC